ACCGAGUUUGGCGAUUGGCUGGCCGGCGUGGGGAACCGUGCGGCGCGGUCCACUAACACCGAGAGGAGGGGGUGGGACUCUACCGGGUUCCUUAAAUGCCACGGACGCCGGAGGUGCACAAGUGUUGGCAGGGACGGACACGCGAGCGCUUGUGGGGGUGGAAAAAGUGCAAGAGGAGCGAGGACGCACUCAUGGAAGUGGAGGAUAUUUAAGCACCUGCCUCGGGGGCGCACAGACACCGCAGUCCAUGCCUCUGCCUUGCCAGGUCCUUGAUGGGAAACCAACUGGACCGGAUCACCCACCUCAACUACAGCGAGCUGCCCACGGGGGAUCCGUCCGGGCUGGAGAAGGACGAGCUGCGCGUCGGCGUCGCCUACUUCUUCUCCGACGAGGAGGAGGAGGCGGACGAGCGCAGCACGCCGUCCGACUGCGGCUUCGGCAUUAAGGAGCACAGCCCCGCCGACGAGGAGGACGCGGGACCGGGGGGGCCGUUCUCCCUGAGCGAGCUGGAGUACUCGGCGUUCCGCGCGCACGAGUGCAUCUUCUCCAAGCUGCGCGAGAACGACGACCUGGACGUGCACGCGGCCACAACUUUGCUGGGCGUGUGCAAGCCGGGCGACCUGCUGGAGCUGGUGGCCGCCGCGCAGCCGCCGCACUGGGCCGUGUGCGAGCGCGACGGUCGGGUCAUCCACCUGCACAAGGGCGAGAUCCGGCGGGACGACCUGCUCGACGUGUGCAACGGCCGCCGCGGGAGGAUCGCCAACGGCCGCUACCGCUACCGGCCGCUGCCCGCCGACCUGGUGGUGCAGAACGCCGCCGGCCACGUGGGCCUGCGCAGCGACGAGAUUUGCUGGACCAACUCGGAAAGUUUCGCCGCGUGGUGCCGCUUCGGCAAGCGGGAGUUCAAGGCCGGCGGCGAGGCGCACUCGGCCGAGCAGCAGUACUUCCUCAAGGUGCACCUGGCCGGCAGCGGACAGGUGCACACGCUGGUCUUUCGCAGCCUGGAGGACAUGAUCCGGGAGAGGCGGCGCGUGGACGCCAGCGGGAUCCUCCACGAGCAGGCAGUGAUCAGGGAUUCCGUUUGAUAGCCAACCCCCCACCCCCCGCCACCUGUCGGUUUUGGACCUCGCCGUGAUGCGGUCAAAGACCGCAGACGCUGUGUUGUUGUGGAAUGUGGAACCGUGUAAACAAGACUAGCCCCCCCCCCCCCACCCACCCAAACCUCCCCCAUCCCACUCCACCCCUCCUCCUAAAAAAAAAAAAAAAAACACUGCUCCCUCUCAUGACUGGCUUGGUUUUGCCUUGAUUCUCCUGCUGGAUGUUGGAUUUUUUUUUUUUUUGGGGGGGGGGCAAUUGAGAGGGGGAGGGUCUACCUUCUAUUUUUUACUGUUAGCUUUAAGAGUUCCCCUCAUGGUCACACAUAAGCUGCCUAAAUAACGAAAGAGAGCGGAAAAAAGAAGCAUUUUUUUGGCUUGUUCAAAAGCAAUCCCUCUUCUUGCCAUAUACGACAAUAUUCCCUUAUUGUCACCCCACAGCCUCCUGCUCCACAGCAAUGGAUGUGUAAAAAAAAAAAAAAAAUGUAUUCCUUUAUUUUUGUAUUUGCGUUGAGUGGAUUAUUGACCCCGAUCUUGCUUUUAUUCCCCUCUUUUUUGAUUCAAAUAAAUGGAGGUUGAAAUAUGAAAACAAGUGCAUCGUCCAGCAGGUCUUAUUAGCUUUGCACACACACCCACAACAGCUCUUACUCACUUUAUGAAUUAUUAAUACCUUGCUGACCCGCCCCAGGCAUUGAUAGGCUUCAUAUAUCUUGCCUGUAUUUGAAAGGCGAGGAAAUGCUCAUCUGCAUCGAGCACACAAAGCCUUCAAGAACGACCCAUGUGGGGUUUAAGCAGUCUGAAACAGUCUCCCUGUUUUUUUUUUUAAACAGUCUCCUUUUCAUAUUUGCACUGAUAUGAAUCAUGUGAGCUUCGUGUUUCGAAGGGAUGUUGUUCCUCCUCGGCGCAUCCCUGAAGGUAAUCUUAUUAAAUGCUUGCAAAGCUUGACGGAGGAUGUGAGGCUCGCUCUGGUCACGAAUAUGCACGCCAAUAGAGAUUUUUUUCAUUUUUUUUCUGGUCCGUCUCGCAGUUGUUUGGCUAUGGGU